AUGCAGACCACGCUGCCACCGUAUGCGCAGAACCUGCGCGAGGGAUGGAGCAAGCUGGUCGCUAAGGAAGGAACGGGUGGGUUGUACAAGGGAUUGUAUCCGCUGUGGGCGCGACAGAUCCCCUACACCAUGACCAAGUUCGCGACCUUUGAGGAGACAGUCAAUCAAAUCUAUAGAUCAUUGGGCAAGGAUAAGGACAGUUGCAGUGGACUGCAACAGACGGGUAUCAGUUUUGCGGGUGGUUACAUCGCUGGUAUCUUCUGUGCGAUUGUCAGUCAUCCGGCCGAUGUGAUGGUCAGCAAGUUGAAUGCAGAUCGAAAGUCUGGUGAGUCCGCAAUGACCGCAGUGUCUCGAAUCUACGGCAACAUUGGCUUCGCUGGUCUGUGGAAUGGUUUGACGGUCCGUAUCCUGAUGCUGGGAACGUUGACCGGCUUCCAAUGGUUGAUUUAUGAUUCUUUCAAGGUCUUCCUUGGUCUUCCGACGACCGGUGGUCAUUAG